AUGCCCAAGUUCCCGAGAGUGCCGAGAUCUGUUCCCCCGAAACCUCCCAAACCGCCGUCGCGCCCGCAACCACUGCCGUACAGACCUCUGCAAUCGAGACCAACGCAAGCGAAGCCAGCUGCGACAGAACUCCCAGCGCCGCCAGCUAAAGAAGACCCUCUUUCGGGUGUGCGGCGAGUAUGGGCCGAAAGACCCGGACUGAAGGAUGUCAGACGCCUGUCCGAAGAAGAUAGGAAAUCGCCUACGCACACAAUGAUGGUGCGAAGGUGGAGGCAAUGGCCCGUCUUCGUCUGCGGGCUGGCUGCAUUUGCGAUGGGAGUGUAUGGCGUGCAGCUGUACAUAUCGCUCACCCGCGACCCGCCGAAUCUGGAAGACAUCCCAUCCGAUCUAUCAGAUCGAUUCGACAAGGAGGCCGAAGGGUAUGAUGAGAAAGUCGACCUGGCGGAGAUGAUGUUGCUUCUCACCAGAAGACGAAAAGAGAUCACCAAGAAAGUCAGGGGCCACGUUCUAGAAGUCGCUGUCGGCACCGGCAGGAACAUCAAGUAUUACCCUACGAAGCAGUGCGCAACGGUGACGCUGCUGGAUUCUAGCGCGCCUAUGCUGGCCGUCGCAAAGCGGAAGUGGAAGGACACACAUCCAGAAUUCUUUAACCGGGUCUUCUUCAAACACCAGUCCGCUCUCGACCCGAUCACGCCUCCGUACGGCGCACAGGACGGAUACGAUACGGUAUUUCAGACUAUGGGCCUGUGCUCGACGCCGGAACCCGUGAAGCUGCUGCACAGUUUGGAAGCCGCCACUAAGGAGGAUGGCGGCCAGAUACUGCUCCUAGAACACGGCAGGUCGCAUUAUGAGUGGCUGGACAGUCUCCUGGACAAGACCGCACCCGCACACGCCCAUGAGCAUGGCUGUUGGUGGAACAAAGACAUCGGGAGGAUUGUGGAAGAGAGCGGACUAGAGGUGGUUCAGAUCAAGAGAUACAACUUCGGCACAACGUGGUGGGUUGAGCUGAGGCCGCGGAAAGGGAUGCGCAGGAAUCGAGUGGAGGCAACUAUUAACGAGAAGCCUCUCGUGCCGCCCGAAUCCCCGGUUACACAGAAGCCGUGGUGGGGUCUAUGGAGGUGA